UCUGUUCCAGAUCCAGAAGUUUAUUUUGUUGUCUGCUGUCAAGUGUCAACAACUGUUCAGUUUUCAUUGUUUCAGUGUUAAAUAAGAAUGUUUAAUUUAUUAUGUAUUUUCAAUUAGGUAGUAUUUUACUCAAAAUUAAAUCUGAAGAGUAUUUUUGAAACAUGAAAUGCUCUUGAAAUAGACUGAAAUAUGCCUGUAACGCAAGUUCAAAACAUGCAACAGAAAUUCAACACAGCAAUAGAGUUUUCCAGGAGAAGAUGUUUCCAUAUGUUAUGGAUAUUAAUAAACAUCUUAGUUUUUCUGAAGACAUAUCAGUAUUAUUCAACUGAAGAUGAAUACUUCUACUUGAGACUAAUUUUAGGGAAAGGUCUUGGCAUUGCUCGUGGUUCAGCAGCUGUGAUCAUGAUCAAUUGUUUCCUUGUCCUCUUACCAGUCUGCCAAACGUUGAAUUUAUUGGUACAUAAAAUGGUCAGUCGAUUCUUGAGGUAUAUUGUAAUUCACUGGUUCAAUAACCUUGAGAAAAUUCACAUCACAGCUGCUGGGACAAUUUUCAUAUCCUCUGUAAUACAUUCUUCUGCUCACAUCUUAAAUGCAAAUAACUUUUCUAAACACUACCACAGUCAGUAUCCAGACUUAAACUGGGCUGUUUACAAAAAUCAGAGUACGGCAUUAUUGAUACUAACAUCAGUUGUAGGAAUCACUGGUCUAGCAAUGCUAUUGAUUCUGAUUAUGAUGCUGCUGCUGUCGCAGAAGGCUAUAAGAAAUGUGGAUCAUGAAGUUUUCGGAAACUCGCAUCUUACACUUUUCCUUAUAUUUUUCAUUCUCUACGUAAUACAUCCUACAAGUCGGGUGCUGAAGAAGCAAGUGAACGUUCCCAGACAUCAACCUGGAUGUGAAGAACCUAGCAGAGAUAUGGAAGUGUCGUUUGAUUCCAAUUUUCUUCAGAAUAACAGUUACAUACCAGUAUCACCUAUUUGCCAAACCAAACCAAUUUUCCAUCAUAUGGAUCAGGUUCAUCUAUAUCUCACAUGUCAAAGACAGUUGGAUAGGUUCACCCUAGAGAUUUACCUGACACAAGAGACUGCUACAAAUUUGAAUAACUUUCCUGAGAAGAUGGACUUCCUGUUUGAAAGAAUUAAGUUCGGUCGCCCCAUUUGGCACGAUCUAUUGAAUGAAUGGAAAAUUUACUAUGAAAGGGGUACCCUACCGGUGUAUAUCUGUGGUCCUAAACUCAUGGAAAAGCAAGUAAAGCAGGUUUGCAGAGAUUUGCAGAGACAGCCGUACGGAUCCAAACUGAGAUGUAUUUCUGAAACUUUCGCUUGA